UUAAGGGGUGCAAAGCGGCGGGAGUGGGGGCGUGGAUGAGGCUUCGUGCCACUGUGUCCUGGCUGGGCAAUCCCGAGAGCUGGGCUCUGGACCAGCAAGUGAGGUGUGAGUAAGGGAGAUCACAGGAUGUUUUGGCAGUUGAACCUGCGGACCCCACUAGGGCGGGGAUACCUUCCUCUUUGCCCCAUCCUUUCCCGGGUUGCCCGCGGCGACCCACGUCCACGCUCAGAGUCGCUGACCCUUGGCUGCUGGCUGGAGCAACGGCGCCACCUAGUGGUGAAGGUCAGAGAGGCCCACGGUGUCUCGGCGGGGACCCCAGCCUCGAGGAGGGGCCUUGGAGGCUGGGGUGGCGAUUCAGCACCAGGGUGAGCCGGACAGCGCCUCCCACCGCUGCCCUUUGACCCCUCCUCCCGGGCUUGGCCCACCCUGAAGGGAACCCGAAAACCCCUCGACCAUUCCUGACAUUCCCACAUGGCCUCCAGUUUGCCAAGCUGGUGUUCGAGGACGCACUGCUCUCCCCCCUCCACGCAUCUCUUUUCUCUUGGCGGUGGCACUAGGCGGGCCAGGGCUGCGGGGGGAGGCGGCCCGGGUCACACAUUUGGUUAUUCACACUACAUUCCCGGACGCCAGGUAGAGUUUUACUAAAGUGGGGACCUCAGAAGCGCCGGCAACAGAAUAGGUGACUUUCUGCACAUCUGGAAAGCCGCAGAUGGAACUCGGUCCCGCGGACCGAGGCAUGCGCGUGAGGACAGGUGUUGGGACACACGCGGGACAGGCAGGGAGGCGCGGGGGCCGGGGGCUGGAUUUACGCUCAGCAGGAGCCAGCAGGGCCCCGGCGCUAGGGCCCCGCGGAGUUCCGGUGGGCGGGGCUCCGCGGUGCGCGCGCAGCCGCAGACGGCGGCCAGAUGGAUCCCGAAUCCGAACCCGCGUCCGUGGAGGUUCCUGCGGGGCGUGUGCUCAGCGCCUCGGAGCUCCGCGCCGCGCGCUCGCGGUCCCAGAAGCUGCCUCAGCGGUCGCGUGGCCCCAAGGACUUCCUCCCCGACGGCUCCGAGGCCCAGGCCGAGCGGCUGCGCCUGUGUCGCCAGGAGCUGUGGCAGCUGCUGGCGGAGGAGCGCGUGGAGCGCCUGGGCAGCUUGGUGGCCGCGGAGUGGAGGCCGGAAGCGGGCUUUGUGGAGUUGCAGUCCCCUGCGGGGAAAUUCUGGCAGACCAUGGGCUACUCGGAGCAAGGGCGCCAGCGGCUUCACCCCGAAGAGGCCCUGUAUCUGCUGGAGUGUGGCUCCAUCCAGCUCUUCUACCAAGACCUACCACUGUCUAUCCAGGAGGCCUACCAGCUGCUGCUGGCCGAGGACACCUUGAAUUUCCUACAAUAUCAGGUCUUCAGCCACUUGAAGAGACUGGGCUAUGUGGUUCGUCGGUUCCAACGAAGCUCUGUGGUGUCACCUUAUGAGAGGCAGCUUAACCUGGACGGCUAUGCCCAGUGCCUGGAGGAUGGGACUGGCAAAAGGAAGAGGAAUUCCAGCUGUCGGUCUGUUCAUAAGAAGGCCAAGGCCCUGCAGGACUCCUUGACUCCUGUACUGGCAGCCUCCAGCCCACCUGACUGUGACCAGAAUAGCCAGUACCCAGAGGACAAGCCGCAGGAGUCAAGCCCCAGGAAGGGCUCAGGGCUCCCCUUUCAGUUUCUGGGGUCCUCAGAACUUUGCCCUGAUCUAUCCAGGGAGGAUGUGGGAUGUGGCCAGGAGAGUGGCAAAAUAGAGAAUGGAGCCAAAGGGCCUCCUAAGCUUCGCUGGAACUUUGAGCAGAUCUCAUUCCCCAACAUGGCUUCAGAUAGUCGCCACACCCUCCUGCCUGCCCCAGCCCCAGAGCUGCUUCCAGCCAAUGUCAUUGGGAGAGGGACAGAUGCAGAAUCCUGGUGCCAAAAGCUGAACCAGCGGAAAGAGAAGUUUUCCCGGAGAGACCGGGAACAGCAGGCACGGGUCCAGCAGUUCCGGGAGGAUGUGAAUGCAGAUCCCGAGGUGCAGGGCUGCUCUAGCUGGCGGGAGUACAAGGAGCUGCUGCAGAGGCGACAGAUGCAGAAGAGCCAGCCUCUCCCUCCACACCUGUGGGGCCAGUCUGUCACCCCCUUGCUCAAGCCUGAUAAAGCUGAUUCCCCAGGUGGUGGCAGCAGCCACAGGGGAAGGUUUCCUGAUGAGUCAUUGCCCAGUGACACUCGUGGGGGAUGAAAACUAUGCCUGCGUUCUUAAGACCGUACCCAAGAUUCCUGGAUGGCUUUGCCAGCGACCAGUUACAGGUUUCCCCCCCUCCACAGCCUGUUAGCGAGAACAUGGUGGCACCGCAGUGGGAAGUUUUAGCCAAGUGAUAGGAAAGCUCACUACUAUCUGCUCUCAGUUUUAAACACAAGGAACAAGGUAUGUGGCCAGAGAGGAGCAGGAACAGGCUCAGAACUCUGUAAAAGCACAUGGGAGCGAGGUAGAGUAGGGUUGCCAGAGAAAUGCGUUCUUCAUACUGCUCCUGUGCAGAACAUAAUUUAUACUGAACAUCCCGGUAAGUCUGGUGAUCCUAACCUGGGUGCAGAUUUGGCAGUAUGAUGGAAGCGUGUAGGUUGACUCCCCUCAUCAACAUCUUGUUUUCACUGCCCUUGUAGCUGAGGUCCUUCAACACAUCUCUGUGCUGCAGACAACACACCUUGCUGAUGGAGGUUACCGGUGAGUCUCAGCUGUGCUCACUGUCUCCAUGACACUGGCUGCCAGGUGGAGCAACAGCUGGGAUUUGAUUCCUGGAGUUGGGUGUGAGUCAGAGAAUCACCCCUGGGAUACCUGCCUACAGACUUAGCUCCCAGUGACAGCUACUGUCAUGGGUGUCUAGGGGAAAAGGGAGAAUGACAAGAUGGUGGGUAUAUGCCUGGUGAGGCUGCUUUGUAGCGUUGGUAAUAGGAAAGGGUUUGGUUGGAGGGAGCUGGGAGAGGAGAGUCCUUGUUUUAAAGUUUCUUAUUUGGU